CUCUCUCUCUCUCUCUCUCUGUGUGUUCCUCUGGUAAUCCCAACUCCCAUGUGCACGCCUGCUCUCUCUCUCUCUCUCUCUCUCUCUCUCUGCUGCUUCCACACUCAUACGCUCCUUCAGUCUCGGCGACACAUCUCAUCAUUAGUUUCGCUCUCCAUCACUAACCUUACACCUCCUCACACACCUUUCUCUCUGAGUUAUCUCUCUCGCGCAUCGCACUCGUUCUCGACUCGUUCAGCGAUUUACUCGCCUCUCACGGCUUCACGUACGCUUGCUUCUUCUCCCACGAGUUUAUACGCUUGUUUCUUCUCUGAUCUCUCUUGCCUUCGUACUGGUUCGCUCACGGUGGUUCGCUGAAUCGCACAUCUCGUCUGAUAUGUCGAAGCAGCUGGGAUCUCAUCCGGUCUGUCUCAUCUGCUAAGGAGAUACUUAAUUUCCGGCGGAGUCUGGUUUAGGAAAUAAAUGGAGUAUCAGAUUCAUAUUGAUCCUGAAAAUGUACUCAAACGUUCAGGACGACCCCAUAGUGCCCCAUAAAGCGCAAAAGCGAGCAGGAGACAGAAGCACAGACAGCAUUGUGGAAAGAAAGAUCUGGCCACCAUGGGGUGAUCUAGGGAAUGGAAAAGAAAACGAAAUAAAAUAGAAAAAGAAAGAUUAACAGCUGAAGUUGUCCGUCGCGGCCGGUAAUAAUAGGAACGGAACGGUGAAACUUUUUCCGGUAGUUUGCUGCAUAUAUUUCAAUCCUACACUUCUGCAGCCUGAGUUCAGUUGAUCAGACUGUAAGGUUCUGUAACAUCCUAAGAUAAGGAAGUUUUAUUGUUGGCCGGAGCGAUGGCGGUUGUGGCCCAUGCAGAUUCUAAAGGAAUGUAUUCAUGGUGGUGGGACAGCCACAUUAGCCCCAAGAAUUCAAAAUGGCUUCAAGAAAAUCUAUCCGAUAUGGACGUAAAGGUGAGGCAAAUGAUUAAGCUUAUAGAAGAAGAUGCAGAUUCCUUUGCGAGGAGGGCAGAAAUGUAUUAUAAGAAACGCCCAGAGCUCAUGAAAUUGGUUGAAGAGUUUUACCGCGCAUACCGUGCAUUGGCUGAGAGAUAUGAUAAUGCCACUGGAGUGAUCCGUCAGGCUCAUCGCACCAUGGCUGAAGCAUUCCCCAACCAAGUCCCUCCCGUGCCACCUGAUGAUUCUGAGCCGCGUACUCCAAAGACGCCUCACCCUCCAAGUGCAUUUCUUCACUCAGAUGAAUUGCACAGGGGUGUUCCUGUAACCUCUCCGUCUCAUUUCCAUGAUAUGAAAAGAAACGGCACUGUUAUUGAAGAACCUGAUUCUGAUAUUAGUGGAAGGGGUUUAAAGCAGUUCAAUGAUCCAUUUGUAUCUGGUGGACACUUGAAUCAUGGAAAAUUUGCAGAAGGCCGAGCUAGGAAGGGUCUUAAUUUUCUUGAUGCAGAUGAGCAGAGUAAUGAUACUCGGAGUCAAGGUUUGUCCGAGUCUGAACGGAUGGCUAGAACUGAGACAGAAAUUUUGGCCUUGAAGAAAGCCCUUGCUAAAUUAGAAAGUGAAAGGGAAGCUGGCUUGCUUCAGUAUCAGCAGAGCAUGAAGAGACUGUCAAAUCUAGAAUCAGAAGUUUCUCACACGCAGGAGAACUCACGAGGACUUGAUGAACGAGCAAACAAAGCAGAAUCUGAAGUUCAAACCUUGAAAGAUGUGCUUAUAAGAUUACAGGCUGAAAGGGAAGUUAGUCUUGUUCAGUACCAGCACUGCUUGGAGAAAAUUUCGAAUCUGGAGAACAAAAUUUCUUUGGCUCUAAAGGAUGCGGGAGAAUUUGAUGAACGAGCCACCAAAGCUGAAAUAGAAGCUGACUCGCUCAAGCAGGACCUUGCAAGAGUAGAGGCUGAAAAGGAAGCUGCCCUUGAUCAAUAUAAACAGUGCGUGGAGACGUCAUCAAAAUUGGAGGAGAGGCUAAUACAGGCUGAGGAGAAUGCAAAGAGGAUUAAUGAGCAAGCUAACAAAGCUGAAAAUGAACUCGGGGCCAUGAAGUUGGAAAUUGCUAAGCUUACAGGAGAGCAUGAUGCAGCCGCUCUCCGUCAUCAGCAAUGUUUGGAUAUAAUUUCCAGCUUAGAGCAUAAACUCUCUUGUGCAGAAGAGGAGAUGCGUAAGCUAACUUGCAAUGUGCAGGAUGAGGCUGAAAAGUUAGAGUGUUCUGAACAGAAGUGUCUUUUCCUGGAAACAUCCAAUCAAACUCUCCAGUCUGAAUUGCAGUCCUUAGUGCAAAAGAUGGGUUCUCAGAGCGAAGAACUUAAUGAGAAGCAAAAGGAAUUGGGAAGGCUUUGGACUUGCGUGCAAGAGGAGAGGCUACGAUUCAUGGAGGCAGAAACUGCUUUCCAAAAUCUUCAGCAUUUGCAUUCUCAAUCUCAGGAAGAGCUUAGAUCUCUUGCCGUCGAGCUUCAGAAUAAGGCUGAAAUUUUGGAGAAUGUGGAAUCCUGUAAAAAGGCUUUAGAGGAUGAAGUACAAAGGGUCAAGCAGGAAAACCAAACUCUGCAAGAGCUCCAAUUAUCUUCAUCUUUGUCUAUUAAAAAUUUGCAGGAUGAGAUAUCAAAUUUGAGGGACAACAUAGCAAAACUUGAAGAGGAGGUUAAACUGCGGGUGGAAGAAAGAAAUUCUCUUCAGCAAGAAAUUUACUGUCUUAAACAGGAGCUCAAUGAUGUCAAUAGAAGGCAUGAAGCUGUGAGGGGCGAGGUGGGGUUAAAUGGACUUGAUCCACAGUGCUUUUUAUCAUCAGUGAAAAUUUCGCAGGAUGAGAACUCAAAGCUGAAGGAGGCAUGCGAGGCUGACCAAAGUGAGAAAGCUGCUCUUCUUGAAAAACUAGAGAUCAUGGAUAAACUUAUGGGAAAAAAUGCUGUAUUGGAGAACUCCCUCUCCAACUUGAACAUUGAGUUAGAGAGUGUCAGAGGAAAAGUAAAAUUGUUAGAAGAAACAUGCCAGUCUCUAUUGCUGGAGAAAUCUACUUUUGCUUCUGAGAAGGCCACCUUGUUUUCUCAGUUGCAAGCUACAAUUGAGAAGCUAGAGAAGCUUUCAGAAAAGAACAAGCUUUUGGAAAAUUCUCUAUAUGAUGUAAAUGCUGAACUUGAAGGACUCAGGGUAGAGUCAAAAAUCUUAGAGGACUCAUGCGAGUUACUUGACCACGAGAACUCUAGUCUCAUUUCUGAGAAAGACACUCUACGUUCACAGUUCAUCACCACUCAUCAAGCACUGAAAAAUCUAGAGCAACAACGUAGUGAAUUGGAGAUGAAGCAUUUGGAAUUAAAAGGAGAAAAGGAAUCUGCACUUCAAAAGGUCGAAGAGCUACUGGCUUCCUUAUAUGCUGAGAGGGAAGAGCAUUCCAGAAUUGUGGGGCUCAAUAAAAUUCAAUUGGCUGAGAAGGAAUUAGAAAUCCAUGUUCUACGAGAUGAUGCAAAAUGCCAGAAAAAGGAAUACGAGGAGGAACUAGAUAGAGCUGUAAACGCUCAAAUUGAAAAUUUCAUCUUACAGAAUUCUAUCCAGGAUAUGGAAGAAAAGAACUUCUCCCUUCUGGUUGAAUACCAGAGGCUCUCGGAGUCAUCCAAAAGGUCUGAAGAACUGAUAUCUAAAUUAAAGAAAGAAAAUGUCCAAAAGCAGGUUGACAUGAAUUCUCAGUGUGAAAAAACUAGGAUACUAAGGAAUGGGUUGCUUCAGGUUCUGAAGACUCUUGACAUCAACCAUGAACAUUUCUAUGGAGAUGUAAUUGAAGAAGAGCAGAGACUUCUGAACACUAAACAUGGCAAACUUCAGGAAACGCAAAAUUCUGUAGUUACAGAAUUCAAUGAAAGCCAGCAACUAGCCAUUGAAAAUUCAGUUCUUGUUGCACUAGUUGGGCUGUUGGAACCAAAGGUGCAAGAGCUUGUGACAGAUAGAGCUGACCAGGAUGAUGAGUUGAGGAACCAAUCUGUGCGAUUCAUGGCAUUACAAGUAGAGUUACAACAGAUACUGGAGAAGAAUGAGGAAUUGAAUUUGACAAUAGCCAAGGGAGAAGAGAGAAUGCAAGUAAUGGCAACUGAGAUAGAGAAUCUACGGAGGCAGCUGUCAGACUUGGACGAAUUGUACAGUGACUUGAAGGAAGAAAGUUGCAAAACAUUUGAAGAGAAAACAUCCUUGAUGAGAAGAUUCGUAGAUCUUAAUGAAGAGAAAAUUAACCUGGAAGAAGAGAUCCAAGUCACGAUUUGCCAGACAAUAGCUCAAUCCAUUAUAUCUCUGAUCUACCAAAACAUUGUCUUUGAAAAACUCCUCGCACUUAAGGAGUUAGGUGAAGAUCUUGAUGAACUUUGUUCAAACCAUAAUGACCUUGAAAAGGAGUUUAGACAAUGCGAAAGUCAGGCUGCCACACUCUAUGCUGAAUUGCAGAUUUCUACUAUCAAUGAAACCGUAUUUAAAGAAAGGGUUUGGGACCUAGUAGAUGCAUGCAAGAACCUUGAAAAUGGAAGGAACUCCAAAAGUAUGGAAAGCCAAAGGCUGAAAGAAAGAGUGAGAAAAUUAGAAAGUGAAAAUGGGAGACUACGUGAUCAAUUGGCCAGUUUUGGCCCAGCUGUCAGUGCUUUGGACAAUUGUAUAUUAUCGUUGGAGUUGCAGACUCUUGUAAUUACAAAAUCUCAUGACAAGGCAGAAGAAAAGGCUAGCAAUUUGGCGCAAAAACAAUACGCUGAAGGAAGUGAGCAAACAAGUAGAGAUCAGAUUACGGCACCAGUUUCCCUUCCAGACUUCCAACACAUGCAGAAAAGGGUCAAUGCAAUUGAAAUGGCUGUGAAACAAAUGAAUGGAAGUUUCAAACGGAGGGACAAGCUCAAGGACAUUCAAGAAUUAAAAUCUGGAAGCAGCCGGCAUGUAGAAAAUACUCAAAUCAGCAAGCACAUUACUCUAAUGGAUGAAGCAGAGGAUAAACUCACUGAUGAAAAGGUGAUAGGGAAAUCAGUGCCAGCAAUCCAGUACGCAGACAACGAGGUUCUCCCCAAAGACAUCAUGCUCGAUCAAAUGUCCGAAUGUUCAUCGUACGGGCUAACAAGGAGGGAAACUCUUGAAGCUGAUGAUCAGAUGCUGGAGCUAUGGGAAACUGCAGACAGGGAUAGCAGUAUUGGUCUAACUGUUGGAAAGUCGCAGAAAACGGCCACCAGACCAUCGAAUCACCAUCAAAGAAGAGCAAGCAGGGAAUCCAGAAUUAAAAUCCCCUCCACAGAGUCACUGGUUGAGAAGGAACUGAGCGUGGACAAAUUAGAGAUCUCAAAUUCAAGAAGAUUCACGGAGGCGCGUGAAGAAAGCAGCAAGCGGAAGUUACUAGACAAACUCGAUUCAGAUGCACAAAAGCUCACAAACCUUCACAUCGUGGUACACGACUUGAUGAAGAAGGUAGAGAUCACCAAACAAAUCCCAAUGGGAAAAGACAUUGAGUACGAUACAGUUAAACGUCAGCUUGAAGCAGCCGAAGAAGCCAUCACAAAGCUGUUCGACGGAAACCGCAAGCUGCUGAGAAAAGUGAGAGACGGUACGGUGUCGUUUGGGGGGAAGCGAGCAGGAGCAACAGAUUCAGACGAGAGCAGCGGAAGCGUGAACAGAAGCAGAAGGAGAGCUGCAGAACAAGCACGAAGAGCAUCGGAGAAGAUAGGACGGCUUCAGAUAGAAGUGCAGAGACUGCAAUUUCUGCUUGUGAAGCUCGACGAUGAGAAAGAAAGCAGAGGGAAGGCGAGGAUCACAGAUCGAAGUCCAAGAGUGCUUCUGCGAGAUUAUCUGUAUGGAGGGACGAGAUCAAGAAUAAUCCACAGGAGGAAGAAAGCACCAUUUUGUGGAUGUGUGCAGCCUCCCACCAAAGGGUAGUUAGUUAGCUGUUUAGUCGUCUUGGAGAAAUCUAGAGCAGAAAUGAUCAGCAAUGUCUAACCGAUAACAUACAUUCUUUUUUUAAAAUAUAUUUUAUUCCCUCUAUUCCUUAGUUUAUUGUAGAGCUCUGGAGCUUAAUUGAACAUAUUUUACAAUGUUUUCUAUUAAUAGGGACAAUUGGGAAUUGAAUUGAUCUAA